UAAUAAUGUAAGAAAACGCAUCCUUUUUCCGCGCUGUUAUCUUCCGUCCGGAAGAGGAAAGUUCUUUCAGAGACAUCAGGAAAAAGAUGAUUGCCUGGCUGACGGUGGUGAGGAAAAACGUCCGAUGAAAGUAGCGAAAUGACAUUAUGCGUCGGAGAAUUGAGGAUACUAUGGUUGUUGCUGAUCUUGACAUUCCUUCUUGAUAGCACGUCAGCGAUAAGAAAGAUCAGCAAAGCUCCAGCUGGAUUCCGAUACUCCAAGGAUUUAAUCGCGGAGGCUACGGAUCAUAAAGGCGGCGACAGACAUCAUGAGGAGGGUGCCGGCUCGAAGCACGACGAGGAUCAUCACAAUGUGCACGGUCAUAAGGAUGAUAAGGGUUACAAAGCUUUCCACGAAUUUGAGAAAAGCGAUAAGGGACACCACGACAAGGAGAAACACAAGCAAGAAUAUGACGAGGAAGACGGCGAGGAGAAAAAGAAUCACGAAGAAGCUGGCCAUUAUGGUGAGGAACAUCAUGGCGAAGAAGGUGAAAAGGAAGCAAAAUUUGGCGAAGAAGGCAAGCACCAAAAAGGACAUAGUACAAAAGGAGAACACAGCGUCUUCAAAAAGGAUGAAUAUGAGAAAAAGCACGAUUUUUAUGAUGAAUAUCACGAGGAUGGAGGAAGCGAAAAACACGGUGGUUGGCAUGAAGAACACGAGGGCAAGAAAGGUGGACAUGAAAAGAAGGGUCAUCUGCAAUCGGGACAUCACGAGGGUCAUCAUGGUGGACAUAAAAAACAUGAGGGAGGUCAUCAUCAUCACGAGAAGAAAGGUCAUAAAUCGGCAGAGGGACACGAUAGUCAUCAUCAACAUGAUGAGAAACACGGCCAUAAAGACGGACAUGCAUCAGGACAUAAAUGGUCGAAAUCAAAUCAUCAUUGAUGAGACGCGACAAAUUUUAUAUUUACAUAAUUGUCAAAUGCGUUUUAUUUACAUCCGAUUUGUUGAGAAUUUUACGGAUAGAUUGAGG